AUGGAGUUCAAUAAGCCUGAGUGCUUGAAAUUAACUGGAAAUGUAGCUGAGAACUUUAGGUUAUUUAAGGAAGAUGUUCAAGUAUUCUUCGAAGCAACAGAAACUACGACAAAACCAAUGAAGGUACAGGUGGCGCGUUUGUUAAAUUUAAUCGGGACUGAUGGAGUAAAAAUCUACAAAACAUUCAACGUUCAACCUAGUGAAGAGACUGUAGAAAUAAUACUUGGAAAAUUAGAGGAGUAUUGUACGCCCAAACGAAAUGAAAUAAUGGUACAUUAUACAUUUUUCACCAGAAAGCAAAUACAUAAUGAAACUUUUGAUAAUUUCUACACUGACUUAAGGUACCUGUCAAAAACCUGCAACUUUGGCGAACUAAAGGAGAAAAUGUUGAAGAUACAAAUCGUUCUCGGUCUAUAUAAUAAAAACCUACAAUCAAAAUUAUUAAAAGAAGAUCUAACUCUAACUAAUAUGGUGAAUCACUGUCUGACUUUUGAGAAAUCAGAAAUGAAUAGAAAAUUAGUGGAGAAGGAACAGGAAAAUAAUGUAGAAUCAAUUGAACAGAUGCAAAGAAAUAAGUUCGAAAUAGCAGAAAAAGGGAAUCAACGGAGCAUGUCAAAGGAAAGGACAAUAGACAAUUCAAGGCAGGAUCAAAAGAUGAUGGGUAAUAUGAAAAUGCAUAAAUUUAAUUGCUUUAAAUAUGGUAGGUCACAUGGAGUAAAUAAAUUCCCAGCUUAUAAUAAGUAUUGCAAUAGAUGAUCGAAAAAAAAUAAUUUUGCUAAAGUUUGUAAAAAUAAAAACAUGAAUGAAAAAAGUGAAGGUAGAUAAGUCAAUUCAAUAGGAAAACACCAGGAGGAGUUGAACAAUUAAGCUUAGAUGAAGUUGAAGUGGGUAUGAAUAACACCUGGAUGGAUAAAGUAAAAUUAAAUUAGUCAAUUUAAUUUUACUUUAUCCAUUAGUCAGUGGUAGAUAUUAAAUUAGAUACGGGUGUUCAGUUAAAUGUAAUGCCUGUAGAAUUUUAUAAGAAAAUGGGUAUACCUAUGAGAAAUAAUUAGGUGGUUACAAAAACAUUUGGAGGUUUCCAUUUAAAGUCUGAAGGAAAAAUAAAUGUGGAAUAAGAAAAAAAGACUGGUAAAAAACAAAUAGUAUUUGAAGUUUUAAAUUACAAUGGUAUGCCAAUUUUGGGCUAUGCGGACUGUAUAGCUAUGAAGUAUAAAAUUAAUGAGAUUAAUGAAGUACAGGUGGAUAAUUUAAAAAAUGAGUUUAUGAAAGAAAAUAUUGAUCUGUUCACAGGUGUGGGAAAGUUUCCAAAUAAAGUUAAAAUUAAAGAGAAUAGUGUCCCAAGAUAUAGUCACCCAAUGCGAAUUCCAAUGAAACUAAUGGAUAGAUUUAAACAACUAUUAGACAAGUUGUGUAAGGAAAAAAUCAUAGAGAAAAGCGUAGAGCACAGUGAAUGUAACACCCACUAGUAAUUUUAGAAAAGCCUUAUAAGUCAUAGUGAAUGUGUCUGGACCAAGACAUUUAAAUAAGUCUAUAGUUCGAGAAAUGCUUUAAGUUCCAACAAUUGAAGAAGGGAGGAAUAAAUUAAUGAUUAAAAAAUAUUUUACAAUACUUGACCUUAAAGACGCGGAUGUCAAGUAAAUAGCCGUCAUAAGUUGUCAUUAAUUGUAACACAAUGUUAUUUUUAAUAAAUAAAAAGUGUUUAUAAAUCUUUAAUUAGUUGUUAAUUUCAAUAAAACAGUUAGUUUUUAAGUCAUUACUUUAGGUACUUAGUCAAUUUACUUUAGUUAAAAAAUGUUUCAAAAGUUUUAUUUAAAAUGACAUAAACAAUAUUUUACAUAUUUAAUUUUCCAUAAACUAAUCAAAAAUAAUUUACAGAUUCAAAAACUCUCAAGAUUCCUGUCCGAUGGUUGGACUUUACUCCAUAUUCUACAAUACUAUGUAAUAGAUUUUUGGCAUUUAAAACACCAUUGAAUACUAAAUAUGAGGUACCUAUGACCCAUAUAUUCAAUGUAGAUAUACUCUUCUCCUCAAUGGCUAAAAUAAAGGUAUAAAAUAAUAUUAAAGUAUUUAUUUAUAUUUUAUUAAAAAAAUAAUGGGAACAAUUGUAUUUGUCAUCAAAGAAAUUUAGUUUUAAUUAUUUGUAAAUUAAUUCACCUAACAUAACUUUAUAACUACCUCAUACCCAUAGCUUCUGGUUAGGAUCCUAAAAAAGGGUAAAAUUGUAUUUAGUUAAGUGUUAAAACUGAAGAAAGUAAAAUAAAUAAGUCCAAAUAAAAUUAGACUUCUUUGAACAUAUAUUUCUAUAAUACAUACUCUAAAGCCUGUAAAUCAAUACCACAUAGAUUCAGAAAUUUAAUUUUUUUAUUCUCUUUGGUAAUAAUUUAGUGGAAAAUAUAACCAGAUGAAAAUCACCAGAACAAUGUAGAUACUAAAAUAUUUAUUAAAAUCAAAAUGAACCAUAUAAAUUCUAAAAAAAAUCGGGUGACUUAAUAAGAUUCAUGCUAAAUAUUAUAUGAAUAGUCAAAAAACAUUUUUUGAUUUUUAUUACUUAAUGAUUGUUUGUAAUUUUAACACAUAAAUACUUCAAAUAUUAUUUUUAUUAUAUUAUGUUCAGAUUCCUGUAUUCUUAAAUUGUAAAAAUAUUAUUGAGAGUUAUGAUAAUUAUCCCAAUGAUGUACAGUCUACAUCAUAUUUAUUGAAAUUAUUAAGGUUACUAUACUAAAAUUUGUAUUCAGNUAUCAAUAAAAAUUGUUAUUAUGUGAAAUUAGCUUUAGCAGAUCAUGAAAUACCACCUACCCGCAGAGAAGUCAAAUCAUUUUUGGAUAUUUGUUGGGAUUUUGUUAAUAGAAACCAUAACCUGCACAUUGGUAAGUUAUAUUUAUAUUUAAUUUUUGAAAAAAUAUCUUAAUGAAUGGGAUACAUAAGUAAUUUAAUAUUUGGUUUAAAUAUUGAAAGCAACAACUGUCAGUUAACAAAUCAUAAAUUAUUGAUACUUUAUUUUUGUCUAGGUGUUCAUUGUACCCAUGGUAUAAACCAGACUGGAUUCUUAAUAGUUGCUUGGUUGAUAGAAGUAUUACAUUAUAAUGUAAAUCAUGCCUUGCAAGAAUUUGCAACAGCUAGGUAAAAGAUAAAUUUACCAUUAUGAACAUAUAAGAUGAUGAAAUAAAUUAUAUUGUAUACACUUUUAUAGACCUCCAGGAAUUUUCAAACAGACAUACAUAGAUGAAUUAUAUCAUAGGUAUACAUUUAGAAGAACCUACAACACCAAAUAAGUUUAAACUUUCAAGUACUACAAUUCAAUAAUAUACAUAUUUUUUUUUUAUAUUAUAAUUAAAGCAUUUUCUAUGAUAUUUAUAUUAAAAUCAUUUUUUCUUAUUUACACAUUGUUUGAUACAAUUAUUAUCAAUUGAUGGAAUUUCUAUCAAACAAUAAUUUCUUUUCAAAUAAUCAAUUUGGAUUUAUUACAGAUAAAUCAACCAAAGAUGUUUAUUUUCUAGCAAAUAAUUAUAUUGGAGUCAUUAGAUAAAAAUUAAAAAGUUAUUGAAAUUUUUCUAGAAAUCAAAAAACCAUUCAUUAUUAUUAAAGAAACCUAAAAAUUCUAGAAUAAGAGGGUUAGCAAAAGAUCUUUUCAAAUUUUAUCUAAACAACAAAACUCAAAUAGUUAAAAUAAAUAAUGGACAUAGUAAGAUUCUUUUUCGCUCAGUACCUCAAGAAACUGUUUUAGGGCCAUUACUAUUUAUAAUUUAUAUUAAUGGAUUUUUAAAUUUAAAUAUAAGAUUAAAAAUAAUUUGUUUUGCAGAUGACACUUUAGUGUUAUUAAAAUAAAAUCAGAUGAAGUGUUAUUCAAAUUAGUUAAUACAUCAAUUAAAUUAAUAAAGGCAUAUAGUAUGAUAAUAAUUGCAUGGCAGUAAACUUAAAUAAGUCUAAUUUUCUAAAAUUUAAUAUUUAUAAUAAUAAUAUGAAUUGUAAUACAAAUUACAAUUAUUUUUUCAUAGUGUUCAUUGUGAACAAAUGGUUGACUGUAACUGUGUUGAAUUGAGGGAACUAAAAAAAAAAAUAAAAUACUCAGGAUUGGUAAUUGACAAUAAAUUAAAUUGGAAAUACAAUAUUGAACAUUCAACUAACUUAGUAAAAAAAUGUUUAGUAUAUUUAAACAAAUUUGACUAUUGGAUCCUAAAGUUUUAAGAAUAGUUUAUUAUUCCUUAGUAAAUUCUAUUAUUUCUUAUGGUAUAAGUUUAUGAGGUGGUAUUUUUAAAAAUUUGACCUUUAAAUAUUGGUAUAAAUUUACUGAGUAGUAUGAAUAUUAAUAUUGAUUCAUUUCCAACAUUAAUUAAAUUUAAGCUGUACAUUAAAAAUUAAAAUUAAAUUUUGCAAAAUUUGUUAGUAUUAAGUAUUUAGUAUUAAUAAACUCCUAUUUAAAACUCAUUAUCAUAUUGUUUAUCGGCCUAUUAUUAAUUUAUAUUUAAUUUUUGUAUUCCAUGUUGUAAUUUAUGUAAUCAUGUAAUAUGCAACACAAAAACCUAUCUCUCUCACCUUCACAUUAAGAGUGCUUUAAGUUCCUUGGCUUCGUUAGCCAUAUUUAUCCAUUUACUCUUCCCACUGAAAUCUUUAUACUUCUUAUCUUAUAUCUUUAUAUCUCUAAUUCGCCCCAUCUUGGAGUAUGGUUCUGUUUUAUUAGACCCAUAUUCCUCUGCCUCCAGUGAAAUGAUCGAGCUAGUCCAGAGAUGGUUCCUCCGAAUUGUUGCACAUAACCUCAAGAUCCCUUAUUCCCCACAUGAAUAUUCACAGGUCUUGCUUGUGCUGGCCCUCCUUUUCCUCUCUGAUUGUAGGCAUCAGGCAAAUCUUUAUUUCCUAUCUAAACUCUUAUCCAACCCAAAUUGACUCUCCUUCCUUACUUCAUGUCCCAAUGGUUGGCCUCCCCCAUUCUGCCAACACACUGACUUUUUCUUUAAUUUGUAAUUACUUUAUAUUAAUCUGUUCUAUGUUAUAUUUAUGUCUUCUUUGUAAUUGGACUAGCUCCAUUUGUAUAAUAAUAAAAAUAAAAUAAGUAUGUACCUACACAUUACGCGAACCUAUAUAUUUAAUUCCGAUAUACCUAAUUCCGUAAUUAUGUCAUAGUAUUAAUUAAUUAUAUCUAUUAUCUACUAUUAUGAAAAAAAAUCAUGUAUUAUAGAGUUAAUACUAAAUAUAUAUUAUAAUAAAUACUAAAUUAAAUAAUAUUUUGACUUAAUUAUCAUAAGUUUAACAUAGAUAUUGUGCUAAAUAUAGCAAUAGCCAUGAUUCGUCAAACUAUAAAUUAUUAUAGUAUAAAAAAAAAUUUAUAAAAUAUACACAUAAUAUGCACUUGUAUGAAUGCGUAAUUUUACGAGCUAUACAAUUUUUAAUGGGUCGAAGUAAUGUAUAUAUUUUCUAAAAUGCGCAAAAAACAUGAAUAAUUCCUAUACUAAAAGGGUUAAAGUAGCAACCCUAGCGUACUCAAUACAGCCUGUGGCCGUUUAAUCGUAAGACUCAUUUCGGGACGUUAUCAGAAGUGGAUUUUGGUCUUCAUACCAUGUACUCCUCUAUACUCAGUUGCUGACCACUGGAAGGGAAGUGAUCAAUCAAGCUUUAUCAGCAAUCUGAUAUUUUGUAGAUGGAAUGUUGUUUAACCAGAUAGAUUUGAUAAACACUACGUGCCAAAAUUAAAAUUAAUUUAUUAACCUAUAUUUGAUAAAAAAAAAAAAUAUGUUAUAUUAAAAUUUAUUAUGUCUAAUGCGCUAAUGUGUUUCUAAAUCCCAAUUUAUAAAAUAUUAGAUGCUUACUCGAUUUGUAUAUCAUUUAAUUCUAUAAAACAGUAUAUGUAAGAGAGAGAACUAUAAAAAUCCGAUUGAAAAUCUGAGCUUCCAGAAACAUAAAAAGUAUCUCCUGUAAAGCGCUCAAGAUGCUUAGGGUCAUUAAACGAAUGACUCUCAAAUAUAAACUUUCUUAAUUCCUAAAAUCCCCAUAUUGCUCCAUCGACUUUAAAAAUAAUAUCAUAUAUCAAUACAUAUUAGAUAAUAAAUAAUAACCAAAUAAUUUAUAUUUCUUAUAUAUAAGAAUAUAUAUAAGAUAUAUAUAUCUAUGUCUAAUAAUAAUUAAUUUUAAUUAAUCUCUACUAUUAAAAUAAAUUAUUUCUCUAUUCUAUGUAAAACGGCCAAUUUGUAUAAUUUUUUUUCUAUGUAAUUCCAUCAUUUAAUUUUUUUAUAUUCAGUCGCGUUUUACAUUUUGACUAUAUUAUACCUGAUGAUGAAGUUUUAAUUCGAAACCAGUUGUGUAAUACGCUUAUCAUAACACAAUAGGUGACACAUGUAUUCAUUUAUUUAUUAUUAUUUUUAUGUAUACAUUUUUUAUUUAUAUAUUUAUUUAUUUUUAAUUUAAAUGAACUAAAAAAAUAAAAAGUUGUUAACUGAAGUAAGAGCGGGGUGGAAACACCGAGGCACCGAAGCUAUUAGCAAAGUUGCGCAAUUUUGAAAGAAAUGAUUUCAAAAAAUUUUAAGAAUGGAUGAUCAUUCGCUCUGUGACUUGUCCGCAACACACGUAUCAGUUAUUCAUGCACACAGUUUCUUUUAUUUCUCAAGUCUAACCUAACCAAAUUAAUUGUGAAUGGUAUCAAAAAAUCCGGAUAUCGGCCUGUGUAUCCCACUACCGUCAUCGCCACGGAAUUCAACUUCUCAAGCCCAAAUCAUCCAAAAAUUGGUAAUUAUAAUUGCUAAGACGACCCAAAAAAGUAUAUUUUCAACAACAAAUAGAUACUCCUGCCUUGUUGUUGAGAACAACCCAGAGAUAGCGUUCCCAUCUCAGAAUCCAUCAAAUGAAGAAUUAGACGAUAUUACCAAACCCGCCAAACUAACACCAUCUCCACCACCAUUUAUGGUUCAAGGGAUGCUUGAUUUUGUUGUGCUUCGCAAUGAUUUUCUCAAACUGCUCGGUGCAGAAAUUUCUUAUUCAAAUCAUCCACUAAUGAUUUAAAAAUCCUCACUAAGAAUUCCGACUCUUAUAGAGCUGUCAUAAAGUAUUUAAAUGAAAAUAAAGCCGAAUAUCACACCUAUCAACAACGCGAGAACAAAGCUUUUCGUGUUGUUGUACGUAAUAUUCAAAUUUUAACCACAAUCCUAAGAAACAUUACUCAUUCCAUAGAAAAUCUAGCAGAUCUAGCAUGUGACCACAGUCCAGUUCUUCUCAAUCUGAAUUGUGAGAUUAACUACAAUACUCCCCGUCCUUCCUUAGGGACAGGUCCAGUCAAUUGGAGUUCCUUUUCAAAAAAUCUAGAAAAUGCCACUAACCUAAAAAUCUCACACAAAUCAACCGACCAAAUCGACGAAGCAGUGCAAAAUCUAACUACCUCAAUUCAAACCGCCGUUUAUAAAGCAUCGCAUGUCACAAAUAUACCUGAUAACUCAAAAUGUAAUAUCCUUCCUCCUCAAAUCCAAAAAUUAAUAAUAAAAAAAUGUUCACUCGUUGUGGCAAAGAUCCAACCUGCCUUCUGACAAACGACUAUUAAACAAUCUAUCAAAUUUAAUCAAAAAACUCAUUAUAAAACAUAAAUCCAACUUUUUCCAAGAAAAAUUUUAAUCACUAAAUUCUAAUGACGGUUCUCUAUGGAGAACUACCAAAAAUAUUCUUAAAAUCAAAGAACAAACUACACCGCUCACUGGUCCAAAUGGAGAGCUAGCGAUCUCUGAAAAAGAUAAAGCGGAACUUUUUGAAACCCAUCUCUCAAAUAUAUUUACUCCACAUUCUAAUGUUAAUCCUGAAUCUGCACACUUCGACAACAUUGCCAGAUUUCUUGGUAGUCCUUUACCAAUGUCUUUUCUAGCAAAACACACAACCCCAAAUGAAAUCAAACAUUUAAUUAGCAAACAAAAGCUAGACAAUCAGAUAAAUAUGAAUCAAACCCAAUAUUAAAUGGAGAUGAUAUUUUUAAUAAUCCAUUUUCAAGUGUAACUUUUGUGGUUUUAUUUAGACUUUUUUCUAGGUAACUAUUAAAUAUUUAAUAUUUAAAUUAUAUACAAAAAACAUUACAUUUUAAAGAGAAAAAAGAACCUACAGAAAUAGAGAUUAAUAAAACAAUUAAUCUUGAAAAAAAAUUGCGAAAAAUAUAUAGAAAUGAAGCAGAGAAAAAACUAAAUGAUGAAAUAGAAAAACAAAAAGCAUUUGAACCUAUUACCAAGGAAUUAAAAAAUGUUGAAGAAGCUAUCAAAAAAACCGAUGAUGAUAUUAAAUCAUUUUUAGUUCCUGUGAAACCGUUAACACAAAAAUCAAAUUUUAUUACCAAACAACAAAACAUGGUUCGAGAUAGACUUAGAAACAGAAAUUAAAAAUUCAAUUAUUAAAAACAAAAUAGGAGUUAUUGCAGCUCAUUAUUUACACAAAUUAUCAGAUAAUGAAUUUGGGAUUUUUCAUAAUCAUGAAACAAAUAUGCAUAUGAUAGGUAAAAAUGAGAUUCAUAUUAAAGAUAACGAUAUUAUUUUAAAUGAACAAACUUACAAAGGAACACAAGGAUUAUGGAGAUUAUUAACAUAUAAUAAAAAUAUAGAUAAAUUAUCAUAUUCUGAUGAUUAUAUUAAGAAUUAUGAAAAGAUAUUAAUAGAAACAGGCUCAUUAUAUCAUAAUAAUAAUACAAAUCCAAAAAACGUAAAAUUAAGUAAAGGAGAUAAAUAUAUGAAUCUGAUCCGUCCUAUUUGGAAUAAAAUUAGUGAAAAUGAAAAAUUUGCAUGAAGGAUCUGGUUUAAUAAAUUAUACAGAAAACCCAAUUCAAUAUACAUACAUUGAUAAUUUAAACGAAUUGUUAAACAAUUUAUAUUUUAUUGCUGCAGAAGAAGGAGCUGGUAAUAAUAAUUUCCAUUAUGAAAAUUAAAUCGGAGCAUAAUAAAAAAAUAGAUGUAACAAUUCAACUACCAAAUAACUAAAUUGGAAGAGGAAAUCAAAAGUUUAAUUUAACCAAAACACAAAUAAUAAAAUAAACAAAUCUAAGAAAGAAAAAAAAGGAUCGAGGUUAGAAUUGAAAUAUGAACAAAUUAAACAAGGUGGAUUUCUUCCACUUCUUUUUGCUGGAAUAGGAGCUGCAAGUGCAUUAGCUGGGGGAAUAAGUUCGAUUGCAAAUACUAUUAUUGAAACAAAACAUAAGAUAGCAGUGGAAAAAGAACAAGAAAGACAGAAUAAAGAAAUGGAAAAAAUUGUCAAUAAUGUUAAAACUCUACAAGUUGUAUGUGGAAUUAAAAAGAAGAAAAGAUAUU